GUGGAUGAAUGCCAGUUGGGUCAAGCCAACUGCGAUCCGCAAGCCGAUUGUAUGGAUAUGACGCACGGCUUCACAUGCAAAUGUCGGCAUGGUUUCAGUGAUAUUUCACCGGAUCCGAUAAACAGGCCGGGUCGCAAGUGCUCCAAAUUGACGAAUACGUGUGAUUCGCCGAAUUUCUCUGGAUGUAACCCGAAAACGUCGAAGUGCAUCGGUACAAGAGAUGGAUUCGUAUGUCGGUGUGCAGAUGGCUAUGUCGAUUUGAAUCCGUCUAGUCCCGGUAUCAAUUGCUCCAAAAUAGGUAUGUUUCGCGGUGUAUGUUCAGAAAUCAAAGCGAAAAGUUUCAUACAAAUUUGGCACCGUCCUCUUCUUAUCAUUUAG